UCACACACACACACACACCUCCCUGCAUGUGAUUAAAUGUCUUGAAAUCUGCUUCUGAUUUCCUCGGGGAGUUGACUUUUCCCUUCUUUUCAACCCCUGGAUUUAUUGAAACCUUUUUACUCCGCUUCAAGGCAGCAGCUGGGGCUCAGUUUCUUCCCUCUUGCCUAUGUUUUUUCCUCUCUUCCCUUUUUCUCUCGUCCCUCCCCGCAGCAGUUCAGUGAGAUCCAGGAGAAAGGAGGAGUGCAGCAGCUGAGAGAACCCUGAGAAGCGGCCAAGGGACUCGAGGACCAGGCGAGGGGCUGCUGCAGACCACACCGUGCGGGGGCUUGGCUUUGCUUUACCCCCACCCACGAGAUAAAUAAACAAAAAUCUUACCCCCGCGUCUGUGUGAAAGGGCUUUGGCGUCUGGAAUUACACCCCUUCGGCUGCAUCACUGCUGGGACCCGCGCGCUACCAGGAACCGUCUACCUGCCGGGCUCCUAGGAGGAUUUGGCUUGUGUGUCUUGGAGAGAGCUUGUCCGGCGGGGAUGGAUCUCUUGCACCUCUUACAGCUGCUGCUUACCGCCUGUGUGUUCGGCCUGUCCCAGACAAUCAACCCCUUUGUGGUGCAGCAAACUGCAUCUGACCCUUGCUAUGAUGAGAACAGCGCCCCCCGGCGAUGCAUCCCCGAGUUUGUCAAUGCUGCCUUUGGGAAGGAAGUGCAGGCCUCCAGCACAUGUGGGAAGCCUCCCACUCGCCACUGCGAUGCCUCAGACCCCCGCAAAGCCCACCCGGCAUCUUACCUCACGGACCUCAACACUGCCUCCAACAUGACGUGCUGGCGCUCUGAGAUCCUGCACCUUUCCCCUCAGAAUGUCACACUCACCCUCUCCCUGGCCAAGAAGUUUGAGGUGAUUUAUGUUAGCCUGCAGUUCUGCUCGGCCCGACCUGAGUCAGCGGCCAUUUUAAAAUCUAUGGAUUAUGGCAAGACCUGGGUGCCUUACCAGUACUACUCCUCCCAGUGCCGGAAGAUCUACGGCAAGCCCAACAAAGCCACCGUCACCAAGCAAAAUGAGCAGGAGGCGCUGUGCACCGAUGGCCACACAGAUCUGUACCCGCUCACUGGGGGCCUCAUUGCCUUCAGCACGCUGGACGGCCGGCCCUCCGCCCAAGACUUCGACAACAGCCCAGUGCUCCAGGACUGGGUGACAGCUACAGACAUCCGGGUCAUUUUCAGCCGCCCCCAUUUGUUCCGGGAGCUGGGGGGCCGGGACAAUGAGGAGGACGAUGGCGGGACCGGCUCGUCUUCAUACUACUAUGCUGUGGGUGAGUUCCAGGUCGGGGGGCGGUGCAAGUGCAAUGGGCACGCCUCCCGCUGCAUGAAGGACAAGGAGGGCAAGCUGGUGUGUGACUGCAAGCACAACACCGAGGGCCCUGAAUGCGACCGCUGCAAACCCUUCCAUUAUGACCGCCCGUGGCAGAGGGCCAACGCCAGGGAGGCCAACGAGUGUCUAGCCUGCAACUGUAACCUGCAUGCCCGGCGCUGCCGCUUCAACAUGGAGCUGUACAAACUCUCAGGCAGGAAGAGCGGAGGUGUCUGCCUCAAUUGUCGCCACAACACGGCCGGCCGACACUGCCAUUACUGCAAAGAGGGGUUCUACAGGGACAUGAGCAAAUCCAUCACGGACCGCAAGGCCUGCAAAGCUUGUGACUGCCACCCUGUUGGUGCAGCCGGUAAAACCUGCAACCAGACUACCGGGCAGUGCCCAUGCAAAGAUGGUGUGACAGGGCUCACCUGCAAUCGCUGUGCCAAGGGCUACCAGCAGAGCCGGUCACCUGUGGCUCCCUGCAUCAAGAUUCCUGCCAUCAACCCAACCUCCGUGGUCACCAGCACAGAAGAGCCGGCAGACUGUGAUUCAUACUGCAAGCCAGCCAAAGGCAACUACAAGAUUAAUAUGAAAAAAUACUGCAAAAAGGAUUAUGUUGUCCAAGUGAAUGUCUUAGACAUGGAGACAGUGGCCAACUGGGCUAAGUUCACUGUCAACGUACUCUCGGUCUACAAGUGCCGUGACGAGCGCGUGAAGCGUGGUGAUAACUUCCUGUGGAUCCACAUGAAAGACCUGGCCUGCAAGUGCCCCAAGAUCCAAAUCAGCAGAAAAUACCUUGUCAUGGGGAUCAGCGAAAACCCCACUGACCGGCCAGGACUUAUGGCCGACAAGAACAGCCUGGUCAUCCAAUGGCGGGAUGCCUGGACCCGGCGCCUGCGGAAACUGCAGCGUCGGGAGAAGAAGGGGAAGUGUUUGAAACCAUGAUGGGUUUUGUGUCUGUCCCUUACUAAAGUCCCUGCCCUAUGCGCAUUCUUCAGACUGUUCCCCAGAGACUCUGUAUAUAUAUAUAUAUAUAUAGCGUGAACAGACUCUCCUGUCUAUAGUGUAUAUUUGCGAUGAGUUCCUUUGUGUGCGUGAAGGCCCGGGUGUGCCUGGGGGUGUGUGUGUCCUUAAUGUUGAUUAAAAGUAACACAGUAAAGACGAGCCUUUAAAGAGGAGUGAAGUGGAGGAUGAGCCCAGUGUUGCUAGGUCUGAAGUUGCUCAGAGGACAUAAGCAAAAGGCCUGUCCAUCACGGCCCCUCUCCUGUGGGCAUCUCAUUGUUUCUGAUUUCUCUUGCCUUUCGGUGGUAAGCUCCAUGGCCUGCCUGCUCCCAGUGUCCGAGCACAAGUCCUCAGCUCUUCGCUCAGCCACAGUAUACCUGGGUGUGGACUAGUCUAAGCUCUUCAGUCCCCUUCCCAUCCAUAGCAACUGAGACUGGCCUGGUGUCAGUUCAUGGAUUAUAAGGCCAAAAGAGACCACUGUGAUCAUCUUGUUUGCCCUCCUGUAUAGCACAGGCCAGGAACUUCCCUGGUUUAGUUUCCCCAUUCCCAUCUUCUAACCUAUAUACUGGUAUAGGGGAGGAGUGAGUGCAUGGCUUGCUAAUGGAUUUCCAUAUGCAUACAGUAUGAGGAGAUUCCAGCCCUGAGUUCCAUGAAAAACCAAAGGGUCUGAUUUGCCAGUUACAUCAUGUCUAUGCUGAUACAUCACCAUUGAUUUCACUGGUAUGACACUGGCAUGACAGUGAGAAUCAGACCCUUUGGAUUUAUUCAGCCACUGCUGCCAUGCACCAGCCCCCACCUGCAGACUGGUCUUAGCCAAGGUCACUGCCACAGGCAUCUUAUAUCCCCUCAGAAAAUGUGUAUGUUUGUGGGGGCAGAGCCUCAGCUGGUGUAAAUCAGCCAAUUUGCAUCAGCUGAGGAUCUGACUUGACAUGCAUAAUUCAGCAGUGGGCCUGAUUCUGCCCUGCUUUUCACCCAGUGUCGUUAUUUUCUUCUGGGCCAAAGGACUGUGAAAAGCUGCCAUUCGGACUUGGACAAUGUUUUGCAGAGGUGUAAAUGGAGGCACAAGGUGAAAUCCCAGGACGAUUGAGUCCUUGGAGUGUUUUUAUGCUUCCCCAGCCCUCUGAGUCUCAAGGGGACAGGGUUGAUAAAGCAAAGCUAAUGCACUGGUGGUUAUGGUGAAAAGCUCUAGUUCACCAGGGCAAGGGAAUUGUAGUCCCGUGACACAGGCACAUUCCAAAUGGGCACAGAGUGGGCCUGGGUGACUGUUGGAUUGGAUCUACUCAGAGGGCAGGAAAUGGUGCAGCAAGAUAACGGAGCAGCCUGGAAACAGAGUGUGGUGGGAUGAUCCUUGUAAACCAAUUGCCAUGGGCACCUGUAGCUCAGGGAGGUGUUACGCUGUAGAGCAGUUUAAGACUGAGGCUUGUUGGCAGAGCUAUGUGAGGCCCCAGGCCUGACACAGGGGCCAUUGCAGGUUAAGAUACUGGCAGAAUUGUGUUUGAGCUCAGGAAUGGAAGAGAGUGUUUUGAGGCCAGACUGAAGUAACCUGUAUGGUGAUCAGGACUGAACACCAGGAGGUGCUUUGGGGCAUGAUUAAGGUACAUUAGCAGACCUGGCUGAAGGCCCAGAAUUGGCUUGCAAAGCUUUUUGAGGUCAGAAAUGUCAUGCACUGAAGGCCCAUGAAAGCUGGCAGAACAAGGGGUUGCUGAAAAUCAAAACUGCAGAGCUGUGGGAGGACCAGAGACAGGCUAGCACAGGGGUUCUCACCCUCGGGGUCAGGACCCCGCAGGG